GGGAGAGCCAGCACAGAUUCCGUCUAACGGGAGAAGCACGGAAAAGGGAAACGGGCGAGAAACAUGAGUCGGAAUCGCCCUUGUGAAGGUUUCCACCUUGAAGGAUUAAAAAAUCUCACCCAUUUCUGUUAAAGGAGGACCGUUAAAUGUGAGAGAAGAAGGCGGAAGCGAUCUGACAGCUCAGGAACUUUACACCGGAUCUUUAAGUUUACUUUGCUAGUUUGUUUUUAUUUUGAUCACCUAGGAGGCUUCUUCAUGGGUCGAGUUUGGUAAACAGAAGAUCUCAGUUUGGAAGUAUAAUGCGGCUUGUUCUGUCUUCAACACGGGGAACCAUCUAACCCCCAAAUACUGGAUCUAAACCCCGGUUUCCUCCCCAGCUUUAUUGUCCCUGCUUGUAAUGGUGCGUCACGUUGGCCCGUGAGCGGAUAUCCCAGUUUAAGAGCAACUUUCUCUGGAGCUCCCUGUGAAAUCAACACGUUGCAACAGCAGCGGACUGGUUUGUUUACAUGUGUUUGUGCAACUGCCUGUUGUCACAGAGACACCCAGUGUAGUUGUAUGGGGAUUUAAAGGGGGCUCCUGUUCACCCUGGCAGAGGCCAGCCACCUCCUGCUGUAGGCGGGUGAAGGGGGCUUCGUGGCUGGUGGCUGCUGUGUGUGUGUGUAUGUGUGUGUCACUGGAUUAAUCUGAGUGGUAACAUCACUCCACACUUGCCCUACUCUGUCCAGUGACCAGUUCCCCAGAAAGCGCCAGUAAUUGGAGCUAUAUUUAGCGUAAGGGAUGGGGUAAAAGCAGGCAGCUGGAAACCCAACUCCCCUCCACCUCCUUCUCUUCCACCCCUACCUCGCUCAGCCCACCUGGCAGCAUGCUGGGCGAGCCUGGUUAGCACACAGCUAGAGUCGUCUGGAACACAACUUCUAAUAUGUUGGAACCAUACUGACUGUGGAGUAACCUGGGAAUACUAGCUGUACUCUACUGCUACUUCUACACACCCUGUAUUGGACUAAGAUGUCCGAAUUAGCUGUUUGGUUCAACCUGCCCUGGACUAAGUGAACCUAACACAAGGAAGUCUAUGCCUUUACCCCCUCGGACAUUUACAACUCAUUAACAUCCUGUAACAGAAGAAAGGCCUACUUUUGACUACUUAAAAUAUCAGUCACCAGCGAUCUGGAGCCUCCAGCACACAGAAAGAAUGCAUGAAACUGCCGAAACCAACGAAACAAAAAGCUAACCUGACUUAACCAAAUAUUCUAUUUCCCCCCAUACCCACAGAGAAACAGAAUAUAUAUGUAGAAUCUAUAUCUAUAGUGUAACUCCACAGAAGACAGAGAUUACAUCCUUUAUAUUUUUACUUCAGAGAGAGACAAGCUGCCUGUACACCAGUUGGUUGCCUUAGAAACCACAGUCACAAAAAUAAAAAAUAAAAAGAAUAGAAAAGAAGCCAGAGAAGACGGUGCCUUUUGAUUGGUUGGUCGGUUUCCCACCAUUUCAAGAUUCAUUGAUUUAAGUUGGAUGUAAACUGUUGAAGCGAACUCUGGGAUUGAAAACACACGUCUCAUGACAGACUAAACAAGCCCCGCCCACCUGUCAAAGCGUUUUCCGUUUGACAGUAUUUCCCUGCUGGAUUGAACUAUUGCCAAGCGUUUCCAUGGUGAUCACGUCAUCAUCCGUGGAGGACAAGCCCGUGCCCUCUUGCAGGAUGGUCCAAACAGAACCCUGGAUCUCCUCGGCCCUGCUGCGCAAGAACAAGAGUGUAAGCAGCUCAGGAUGUCCGCCCACCUCCUCCUCCUCCUCCUCCUCCUCCUCCUCCUCCUCCACUGCCCAGGGCUUCUCCCUCGCUGAGCCAGCCAUGACCAGCCAGCACACACAUACACACCCCUCCUUCAGCUCCAUCCACUCCAUGGCCGAGCAGCAGCAGGUGCUGUCUGAUAUGACCAUACUCCAGCGGAGGAUCCCCCCUAGUUUCAGAGACCCUGCCAGCGCCCCACUGAGGAAACUCUCGGUUGACCUCAUCAAAACUUACAAGCACAUCAAUGAGGUGUACUAUACAAAGAAGAAGCGACGGGCCCAGCAGGUCCCUCCAGAGGACAGCAGCACCAAGAAGGAGAGAAAAGUCUACAACGACGGCUAUGACGACGACAACUACGACUACAUUGUCAAAAACGGAGAAAAGUGGCUGGACCGCUAUGAGAUAGACUCGCUGAUCGGGAAGGGCUCCUUCGGACAGGUGGUGAAGGCCUACGACCACCACGAGCAGGAAUGGGUUGCCAUUAAGAUCAUUAAGAACAAGAAGGCAUUUCUAAACCAGGCACAGAUUGAACUACGCCUGCUGGAGCUCAUGAACAAGCAUGACACUGAGAUGAAAUAUUACAUAGUCCACCUGAAGCGUCACUUUAUGUUUAGGAACCAUCUCUGUUUGGUGUUUGAGUUGUUGAGCUACAACCUGUACGAUCUGCUGAGGAACACCAAUUUCAGAGGAGUCUCCCUCAACCUCACCAGGAAAUUUGCACAGCAGCUCUGUACAGCGUUAUUAUUCCUGGCCACUCCAGAGCUGUCAAUCAUCCACUGCGACCUGAAACCAGAGAACAUCCUGCUGUGUAACCCCAAGAGAUCUGCCAUCAAGAUAGUGGACUUUGGGUCGUCCUGCCAGCUCGGACAGAGGAUCUACCAGUACAUCCAGAGCCGGUUCUACCGCUCUCCUGAGGUCCUGUUGGGAAUGCCGUAUGACCUGGCCAUCGACAUGUGGUCUCUGGGAUGCAUCCUAGUGGAGAUGCAUACAGGAGAGCCUCUCUUCAGUGGCUCCAAUGAGGUUGACCAGAUGAAUAAGAUUGUGGAGGUUCUGGGGGUCCCACCCAGCCACAUGCUGGAUGCAGCUCCUAAAGCCAGGAAGUAUUUCGACAAGCUGUCAGAUGGUCUGUGGACAGUGAAGAAGAACAAGGACAUCAAGAAGGAGUAUAAGCCCCCAGCCACACGGCGUCUUCAUGAGAUUUUGGGUGUAGAGACUGGGGGCCCCGGGGGCCGAAGGGCAGGGGAGCCAGGACACGCCCCCUGUGACUACCUGAAGUUUAAAGAUCUGAUCCUGCGCAUGCUGGACUACGACCCUAAAAGCCGUAUCACGCCAUUCUACGCCCUGCAGCACAAUUUCUUCAAGAAGACGACAGAUGAAGGAACCAACACCAGUUCAUCUACAUCCACCUCUCCUGCCAUGGACCACUCCCAUUCAACCUCCACAACUAGCUCUGUUUCUAGCUCUGGUGGCUCCAGUGGUUCUUCCAAUGACAACCGCAACUACCGCUACAGUAACCGCUACUACAACUCUGCUGUUACACAUUCAGACUAUGAGAUGACCAGCCCUCAGGCUCCCUCCCAGCAGCAGAUGAGGAUGUGGCCAGGCAGUGAUGGUGGAGGUGGGGGUCAGGACCCAGCAUACACCCAGUUGCUGCUCCACAAGCCGGCUGCCUCCCAACAACACCAGCGCCACUUCCUGGACCCGCCCCACCACCCACACCCGACCUACUCCCACCACGGGAACGGUGGGCGUGGCCUGCGGCAGAGCGGACAGACGGGCAUCGGUGGAGGGGGGGGCCAGCAGGGAUCCUCGCCCCAGAUGAGUGACAGCAUGGAUGUGGGCGUGUCCCUAGGGCUGCACCACCUGGGGGCGGUGUCUUCCAUGGAGGCCUCUCAGUUUGGCUCUGCCUCCCUGCCCCUCGCUCUGCCAAUCGGACUGUCUGCCUUCCGGACUCGGACGGCCCCCACCGCCCCAGGGCCACAAGCCCCGCCCCCUGAGGACUACUACCCUGCCUCCAACAACAAUAACCCCGCUGCGGGGGGCAGAGGGAGGCCGGACUCAGACGAGGGGCCAGCCAACUCUUGAUAAAACCUGAACCAUGCCCUAAAGCCAUACAAUUUUAACUACAACUACUACAACUACACACAUACAGCCAGAGUUCAGAGACAAAGAGGUGAACUUUGUGCUGAAGGAGACAGUUUGUACUGCAUGAGAGGAGGAGGAGGAGGAAGGAGGAAGAUGCUGGGAAAACUCUCCUUUUUAUCCUGUUUUAGUUUUUUUUGUCUUUUGUUGCGACUGUAAUUGGAAAAGGAAUGAUUGUGACAAGUUUGUUUUUAUUAAUAUUAUUAUUAUUGUUGUUUAAUAUUAUUUGAUUUUUUUCUCGGGUUUGAGGAGUUGUGUGUUCUUCUUGGUUGUUGUUUAAGCCUGGAGAGGAGGAGGAGGAUGAAGAGGGAAGAGAGAGGAGCCAUGCUUUUCUAUUUUACUCCAUACGGUGGCUGUAAGUGGAAGAUCACAUGUUCAUGUUCACACUGGUUAGUUAUUCAUAUUUACAGUCCCUAGAGACGAGCAGUCUUAACACACACACACACACAUAUAUAUAUAUAUGUGUAUAUAUAUGUAUAUAGAUACAUAUAUCUAUAUAUAUAUACUGCUGCAUCAAGAAGACAGAAGCUGGUUUCAAAGGGAGAAAACACCAACAUAUGUGUGAUUCAGGACUCCUGUCUGUGUUCACUUUUUCUUUGUGUCCUCCCUCUGUCGCUCUCCACCUGGUCGUGACAGAGGACGGAGAGAGGGAGGGAGGUGGAGGGAGGAGAAGGUGGCGGGACACUCAUAGGGAUCUCCUUCUCCUCCUCAUCCUCUCCCUCCCUCCUGCUUUUUCUUCUUCCUCUCCUCCUCCUCCUCCUGUUGUGUUUCUCCUCCAGACAGCUCCUCCUCUCUGUGCUGCUAAUCACCAUGACAACUGGUCCGGAUUGCUGCUAAAGAUCCAACACAGAUCAAUAAAGAAAUAAAAAGAAAUAGAAACAGAAAUAAAAAAAAAAAAAAACUUUUUAACCCUUCUGCUUAAGAGAAAAGGAUAAAGUAAGAACCACUGCAUCUCAAUGUAUUUAUUACUAUUUAACAAGAAAAAACAAACUGAAAGUAACCCUUUUUUCUGCUCUUCUUUGUUUGGUUGCCUUCUUUCUGCAGGUGAGCUCUGAUUGGCUAUUGUAACAGUGACAGUAACUGGUGACAUGGGAAUGCCACCGGUUGUGGGGGCUGGGUGGAGGGGAGGGGUUUGGGGCAAAAUAAAGUUGGAUAUAUAAUAAGAAUAAAGAGUAUACUUUUGCACACCAAA